CGGUACGGGCCGCGGGCGCGCGGGAAGGCGGGGAGCGUUGGCGCAUGCGCAGGAGGCGGCGGUGGGGGCGGCGGCAGCGCGAGUCCUUCGGCGGCGGUGGCAGGAGGCGGCAGGCGCCGCGGAGCUCCCCAGGCCGUUGGUGGCGGGAGGGCGGGGAGGCGAGAGCUGCCCGAUGCGCAGCGUUGAGGCACCGGGGGAGCCCCGCGCCGAGCACCCUGCCGCCCCCGCACCGGCCCCGGCCCGCGGGGCGGCCCUGCCCCUGCCCCUGCCCCGGGGGUGGCGCGGAGCAGCGGCCCCGCCGCCCGCAGGAGAAGCCGCCCCCGCUCCAUGAGCGGCGCUCGCCCGCGCCGCUCGGCGACGGGGGGACGGCGGCCAGCGGCGGCAGCAUGUGGAGCCCGACCGAGGAGGAGAAAUACGGCGUGGUGAUAUGCAGUUUCCGUGCGUCUGUGCCACAGGGCUUAGUCCUGGAACUAGGAGAAACUGUCCAGAUCCUGGAAAAAUGUGAAGGCUGGUACAGAGGUGUUUCUAUUAAGAAGCCCAAUGUAAAGGGGAUCUUUCCUGCCAAUUAUAUUCACCUGAAAAAAGCAAUAGUCAGCAACAGAGGGCAGUAUGAAACUGUAGUUCCUCUUGAAGACUCUGUUGUGACUGAAGUCACAGCAACACUCCAAGAAUGGGCUGUCCUCUGGAAACAGCUUUAUGUAAAGCAUAAAGUAGAUCUUUUCUACAAACUGCGCCAUGUGAUGAAUGAGCUCAUUGACCUGCGUAGACAGUUACUGUCAGGUCACUUGACACAGGAUCAGGUGCGAGAGGUCAAGAGACAUCUCACAGUGCGGCUGGAUUGGGGGAAUGAGCAUUUGGGCCUGGAUCUAGUUCCUCGGAAGGACUUUGAGGUGGUGGAUUCAGAUCAGAUCAGUGUCUCAGACCUUUAUAAAAUGCAUUUAUCGAGCAGGCACAGUGUCCAGCAGAGCACAUCACAGGUGGAUACAAUUCGCCAGCGUCAUGGGGAAGCUUGCCGUAUGCCAAUACCUCAUCAUUUCUUCCUUAGUCUAAAGAGCUUCACCUAUAAUACGAUUGGAGAGGACACAGAUGUCUUCUUUUCUUUGUAUGAUGUUCGAGAGGGGAAGCAAAUCAGUGAAAGGUUUAUGGUGAGAUUAAACAAGAAUGGAGGCCCCAGGAAUCCGGAGAAGAUAGAUCGGAUGUGUUCCCUUUUCACAGAUCUCAGCAGCAAGGACAUGAAGAGAGACUUGUACAUAGUUGCCCAUGUAGUUCGAAUAGGUCGCAUGCUGCUAAAUGAUUCAAAAAAGGGUCCCCCACAUCUCCAUUACCGUCGGCCCUAUGGCUGUGCAGUAUUGAGCAUCAUGGAUGUACUUCAGUCCAUCUCUGAACUGAAAGAAGAAAAGGAUUUUGUUCUGAAAGUUUACACGUGCAACAAUGAAAAUGAAUGGUACCAGAUCCAUGAAAACAUUAUCCGCAAGUCCAGCACCAAAUACACAGCACCCAGCUCCAACUAUGGACUUAUCAUUUCUCUACAGCUCCUUCGUGGGGACAUGGAGCAGAUUCGAAGGGAAAACCCCAUGAUCUUUAACAGAGGCAUAGCUAUUACCAGAAAACUGGGUUUUCCUGAUGUCAUAAUGCCAGGUGAUAUACGCAAUGACUUGUACCUGACACUAGAGAGGGGGGAUUUUGAGAGAGGUGGAAAGAGUGUGCAGAAGAACAUUGAAGUGACCAUGUAUGUUCUUUAUGCAGAUGGAGAGAUCCUGAAGGAAUGUAUCAGCCUGGGUUCAGGAGAGCCAAGCAGGAGUGCAUACCAUUCUUUUGUCCUCUACCAUAAUAACAGCCCUCGGUGGGGGGAGAUCAUCAAAUUGCCCAUCCCCAUUGACAGGUUUCGUGGGUCUCACCUCCGCUUUGAGUUCAGGCAUUGCUCCACAAAAGACAAAGGGGAAAAGAAGCUCUUUGGCUUUGCAUUCACUCCACUGAUGAGAGAUGAUGGCACCACCUUGUCAGAUGAUAUCCAUGAGCUUUAUGUUUAUAAGUGUGAUGAGAACAGUACAUUUAACAACCAUGCACUAUAUCUGGGAUUGCCCUGCUGCAAAGAGGACUACAAUGGUUGCCCUAACAUCCCUUCCAGCCUCAUUUUCCAACGCAGCACCAAAGAGACUUUUUCAAUCUCUACCCAGCUCUCCUCUACCAAACUUACCCAGAAUGUGGACUUGCUUGCUCUUCUGAAAUGGAAAGCUUACCCAGACCGUGUAAUGGAUAUCCUAGGAAGACUGAGGCAUGUCAGUGGUGAGGAAAUUGUUAAGUUCCUGCAAGACAUUCUAGACACACUAUUCGUGGUUUUGGAUGACAAUACAGAAAAGUAUGGACUAUUGGUCUUCCAAUCUUUGGUGUUCAUCAUAAAUCUGUUGCGUGACAGCAAAUAUUUCCAUUUCCGACCUGUGAUGGACACUUAUAUUCAGAAGCACUUUGCAGGUGCACUGGCUUACAAAGAAUUGAUCCGUUGUUUGAAGUGGUACAUGGACCGGUCGGCUGAACUUGUGAGACAAGACCAUAUCCAGGAAGCAAUGAGAGCCUUGGAAUAUCUUUUCAAGUUCAUUGUCCAAUCUCGGAUCCUUUACUCCAGAGCAACUUGUGGAAUGGAAGAGGAGCAGUUCCGCUCCAGCAUUCAGGAGCUUUUCCAGUCCAUCAGAUUUGUCCUCAGCUUGGACAGUAGGAGCUCCGAGACGCUAAUCUUCACACAGGCUGCUCUGUUGAAUUCAUUCCCUGCGAUCUUUGAUGAGCUGCUGCAGAUGUUCACAGUGCAGGAAGUAGCAGAGUUUGUGAGAGGAACUCUAGGCAGCAUGCCCAGUACAGUGCACAUUGGGCAAUCAAUGGAUGUUGUUAAGCUGCAAUCUAUAGCACGCACUGUGGACAGCCGCCUGUUUUCUUUCUCAGAGUCCCGGCGCAUCCUACUGCCUGUGGUUCUUCAUCACAUUCACCUUCACUUGAGACAGCAGAAGGAACUACUCAUCUGCUCUGGGAUCCUUAGUAGUAUCUUCUCCAUUAUCAAGACCAGUUCCUUGGAGGGAGAUGUCGUGGAGGAGGUUGAGAUGAUGGUGGAGAGCCUCCUGGAUGUACUUUUACAGACUCUGCUUACUAUCAUGAGUAAAUCGCAGUCUCAGGAGGCGGUAAGAGGGCAACGCUGCCCGCAGUGCACAGCAGAAAUCACUGGGGAGUAUGUGUCCUGUCUCUUGUCUUUGCUUCGUCAAAUGUCAGACACUCAUUUCCAGCAUUUACUGGACAACUUCCAAAGCAAGGAUGAAUUAAAGGAGUUUCUUCUGAAGAUUUUCUGUGUGUUUCGGAACCUGAUGAAAAUGAGCGUUUUUCCUCGGGACUGGAUGGUGAUGAGGUUACUCACCAGCAAUAUCAUAGUUACAACAGUUCAGUACCUGUCUGCUGCACUGCACAAGAACUUCACAGAAACAGACUUUGAUUUUAAGGUGUGGAACUCCUAUUUUAGUCUGGCAGUUUUGUUCAUAAAUCAGCCAAGCCUCCAGCUGGAAACUGCCACUCCAGCCAAGAGAAAGAAGAUUCUGGACAAAUAUGGUGAUAUGCGAGUGAUGAUGGCAUAUGAGCUUUUCAGCAUGUGGCAGAACUUGGGGGAACAUAAAAUUCAUUUUAUUCCUGGAAUGAUUGGACCCUUUCUUGGUGUCACGCUGGUCCCACAGCCAGAAGUCCGUAACAUCAUGAUCCCCAUCUUUCAUGACAUGAUGGACUGGGAGCAAAGGAAAAAUGGAAACUUCAAACAGGUGGAAGCUGAGUUGAUUGAUAAGUUGGACAGCUUGGUAUCAGAAGGAAAAGGAGAUGAGAACUACAGGGAGCUGUUCAGCCUGCUAACACAGCUUUUUGGGCCCUAUCCCAGCCUGCUGGAGAAGAUUGAACAAGAAACAUGGCGGGAGACUGGCAUCUCCUUUGUUACAUCAGUCACGCGCCUCAUGGAGCGUCUUCUUGACUAUAGGGACUGCAUGAAAGGAGAUGAAACAGAGAACAAGAAGAUUGGCUGCACCGUUAACCUGAUGAACUUUUACAAAUCUGAAAUUAACAAAGAAGAGAUGUAUAUCCGCUACAUUCACAAGCUGUGUGACAUGCACCUACAAGCUGAGAACUACACAGAAGCUGCAUUUACAUUGCUUCUGUACUGUGAGCUGCUUCAGUGGGAAGACAGACCUCUGCGAGAGUUCCUGCACUACCCAUCUCAGUCAGAGUGGCAGCGUAAGGAAGGGCUGUGCCGGAAGAUUAUCCAUUACUUCAACAAAGGGAAGAGCUGGGAGUUUGGAAUCCCCUUGUGCAGAGAGCUAGCCAUUCAGUAUGAAAAUCUUUAUGAUUAUCAGAGCCUCAGCUGGAUUCGGAAAAUGGAAGCUACGUAUUUUGAUAACAUCAUGGAACAGCAGCGCUUGGAACCUGAAUUUUUCAGAGUUGGUUUUUAUGGUCGGAAAUUCCCCUUCUUCCUGCGAAAUAAAGAGUAUGUAUGUCGAGGCCAUGACUACGAAAGGCUGGAGGCCUUCCAACAGAGGAUGCUGAGUGAAUUCCCACAAGCUAUUGCGAUGCAGCACCCAAACCAUCCAGAUGACUCCAUCUUGCAGUGUGAUGCUCAGUAUUUGCAGAUUUAUGCAGUGACUCCCAUCCCAGAAAGUAUAGAUGUGCUGCAAAUGGACCGAGUCCCUGACCGCAUAAAGAGCUUUUAUCGUGUUAAUAAUAUCAGGAAAUUCCGCUAUGAUAGGCCUUUUCACAAAGGCCCAAAGGACAAGGAGAAUGAAUUUAAGAGCUUGUGGAUUGAACGUACCACUCUGACCCUGACACACAGUUUACCUGGGAUCUCUCGGUGGUUUGAAGUGGAGAGGAGAGAGCUGGUUGAAGUAAGCCCUUUGGAAAAUGCCAUUCAAGUGGUUGAGAACAAAAAUCAGGAGUUGAGGACAUUGAUCAGCCAGUAUCAGCACAAACAAAUGCAUGGGAACAUUAACCUGCUCAGCAUGUGCCUGAAUGGAGUGAUUGAUGCUGCUGUGAAUGGCGGCAUAGCACGGUACCAGGAGGCCUUUUUCGAUAAAGAUUAUAUCACCAAGCACCCUGGAGAUGCAGAGAAAAUCACACAGCUCAAGGAGCUCAUGCAGGAACAGGUUCAUGUCCUAGGAGUGGGUCUGGCAGUACAUGAGAAGUUUGUACACCCCGAGAUGCGUCCCCUGCAUAAAAAAUUAAUUGACCAGUUCCAGAUGAUGCGAUCUAGUCUGUAUCAUGAGUUGCCUGGUUUGGAUAAACUGAGUCCAGCCUGUUCUGGUACCAGUACCCCACGCAGCAAUGUUCUGGUGUCACAUGGCCCUAUGAGCCCAGAGAGCAUGAAGCUGGUACAUCGACACAGUCCGUUGAAUUUGCUGGGUUCAGUCCGACACUCGUCAUCCUCUCUUUCUUCCCAUACAUCCAGUGAAACAGGAAACCUGGUUAUUCUCACAGACAGUUCUGUGGGGGAGGCUGCUGAAGAUAUGUAUCACAUGCAGCUUGUUUACCCUAACUCCAGGUACCAAGGCUCAGUCACCAACGUCUCUGUUUUAUCCUCGUCCCAGGCCAGCCCUUCCACCUCAAGCCUGAGCUCUACUCACUCGGCACCAUCCCAGAUGAUUAACUCUGCUCCUCCCAGUGCACGAGUGCUGGUGAAAGGUGCUGGAUUGACACCACUGGAGGCUGAAGCCCUCUAUUUAUCCACAGAACAGAUACAGCAUGGGCGGCAGCAGUGCAAGCUUCCCCACACUGCCCCCACCAAUGUGCCUCAUCUCUGUCCUGGAGGGACCACCUCUAGAGGCUCUCCCUCUCUACCAGAUAAGUACCGCCACACUCGGGAGCUGAUGAUGCUGCUGCCAACUCACCGGGACCGACCAAGCAGUGCCAUGUAUCCUGCAGCAAUCAUGGAAAAUGGACAGCCUCCAAAUUUCCAGCGCGCCUUGAUCCAGCAAGUGAUCGGACCAUGCAAACCAUGCAGUGAUCCCAAUCUAUCUGUGGCUGAGAAAGCUGUGCCAGCAGCGCCCAGUAGCUGGAGCCUAGACAGCGGAACCAGAGAGGCCCUGCCAUUCCUGUCUGCCCACGUUGGGAGCAUCUUGGCCCCACCAGUACCUCCCCGAAGCCUACCCCAUGGACACUACUCACUGCACUUUGAUGCCUUCCAUCAUCAGCUCAGUGACGCCCCCCCAGCAUUGCCAGCAAGAACACUGCGCAAGUCUCCUCUUCAUCCAAUCCCUGCAUCACCCACAAGUCCCCAGUCUGGCCUGGAUGGAAGUAACUCCACUCUGUCAGGCAGUGCCAGCAGUGGUGUCUUCUCCUUAAGUGAGAGUAACUUUGGACAUUCAUCUGAGCCCCCUCCUCGUACAGACACCAUGGAUUCUGUCCCUAGCCAGGCCUGGAAUACCGAUGAAGACUUGGAGACACCCUACCUCCCUGUCAGGUACAGUCUCUCUGAGCCUGAUGUCCUGGAGUCUCUCAAAUCUCAGCCAUGUCGAAGCCACUCUGCUCCAUCUGGAGUCAUUCCUCAGGACACCCUGGACCCUCCAGCUCUACCCCCUAAACCAUAUCACUCCCGGCUCCCAAAUUUGGAAAAUGAGGAGGGAAUGAUAAUGGAAGAAGAAGACAAACAUCGACCACUGCAUCGCAAGGUGUCCCAACCAGUCGGUGGUGGAAAGGAGGAGCAGGCCAGAGUAGCAUGGGAGCAUGGCGUCAGUGAGCAGUAGGCAGGACUCCCAAGAAGAAGUUUGUGUGGUCAUUCCAGGUCUGACAAGCAAGAAAUCAGAUAUAAAGCAUCAGAACUCAGAGGAGAGAACAGCAAACCAGUUCUUUAUUUUCUACUGCUAUGAGUUAAUGUCUGGAGCCCAUACAGAGGUUGGGCCAGCAUGUGAGGUUGCUGCUUUCCUUUUUAUUGCUUUUUUAUACUUUUCGGUUUUGUUAUUUUUUUAUUUAAUUUUUGUGCAGUGGGCGCUUUAUUCCUCCUGCAGUUUAUCAGACCACAUAAAGUGGCACAUAAGCUGCUAGCCAUAGAGACUUGCAGAAGCCGAAAAGAAAUAGAAUAUUGGAUGGGGGAUGUGGCAAGUUGUUUUUUUAAAAAUGCUUUCCUCCCGGUUUUGAGACGCACACAAGUAGAAGCAGUUGCACUAGGGACAUGUAUCUUUGCUGUAUAGAAGUGAAAGCUCUUUGCUGAAUUCAGGGAUUCCAUGAACUGUCAGGCUGGAAGGUGCAUGGUCUGCCAGCAGGGGAAACGUGGCUGUGCUAAGAAGAAAUUGGCUCAUCAAGGUGUUUUGAGCAUACACAACUGUGCAGUGGUCUCCCUGCAUUGGCUAACAUGUGCUGAAGUAAUUAACCACUGCUGACAGACUUCCAUACUGACCUGUGAGGUAUCAUUUCAAACAAACUCUGCCUCUCUUGGUUUUUCAUGUAUUAUUAAUAUUAUUAUUAUUUCCUUAAUUUCAUUUUUACCAGUUAAACCAACCUGCUUUUCCAUUGGAAUCUGUAUCCACUUGAUGCUAUAGGUUCAGAGAGGGUUAUGUAGCCCUGGGGGCUGCAACCCAAUUCUAGGCCUUUCUCAUGCCUGGCUCUGGGCAGGUUGUUGUCACCAGCACUUUUAUUCCAGUUAAGUAACCAGCUGAGUGGCUUAUGCCACAACUGGUUGAUGACUCAGCCAGUAAGAAGAGAAGGCUUAAAUACAUCAUGCCAAUCUUUGCCUCAGGGCUGAAUAUCUGCACAGUUCAUACCAACAUCCUAAUCCAGGAGCUGAGGUUCAUUAACUGUGUUUGUUAUUGUAAUAUCUAUGCCCCUCUGGUACAGCUCUAUGCUGCUAGUGCACAAGGCCUCCAUCUCUCUCUCUGCAGAUAGGACAUCCAGUGAGAUGCUAGAAAUAUCCAAUGUUUAGUGAGCACUCCGGAGUCAGGGAUUUUAAAGGUGACCUGUAAAAAGAGGAAAAAUGUAUGUUCCUUUUUUGGCUUCUUUAUGACAUAUAUAGAAGACUUGACAAGCUUUUCUUUCUUUUUUAAAUUAUACAAGGGUUUCUCCCACUAGUUUGUUUUUAUAUUACACUAUAAAGUCUUGACUUCCCUUUUAUGCUGGCAGACUACAUGAAGGAUUGGAGAAUUAUGACUGCACACAACCUUGCCCUUUUACAUAUGAACUGCGAAUCCUCUCACUUUUGCUUGCAAGUCCUUCAAGGAAUAUUCUUCAAGAAGGAAAUACAAUUCCAACUAUCCAAUAUUCCUAAGAUAAACAAGCCAAAAGCCCCCACAUCCCAGCCUUCUUUGUAAUCUUCUAGUAAUUUCUUGUAUUUGUAUAUUGCUUUUCAUCUCCAGAUCUCAAUGCACAUUCCAGAGGAGGGUAAGUAUCAGUGCCCCUCUUUUUUAUGGUUGGAGAAACAGAAGCACAGAGAAACUUAGGAACUUGCCCAAUAUUGCAUCAGUUAGUGUCUCCCAUUUCUGUGCCCUAUCUGCAUUGCCUCCCAUACAUCAUAAAUAUUAGAAAGGAACAAAAAAAAAAGAGAAAAAGCUCCCCCUGCUUUGCAGGUCACCUUUAGCUCUACUUCUAAGUUAGGUGACUGGGCACAGUAUGCCACUUCUGAGCUCUCCCAAGGAUAGUAGAUCUGUAUUAAGCCGGAUUUAACUGACUGUUAAAUGGAGAGGCUUUUGAGAUGCUUUCUUUCUUCUCUCUCAAGCUCUAUCCCCUGAAAAAGAAAUAUAGUUCUGUUUGCAUUUCUUUGGUCUGCCUGGAUAGAAAAACCAGUUUAUCCUGCAUCCUUUAAUUUGCACUAGAGCAGGACCUUUGGAAUUGCUGUAUCCCUUACCAUUAAAAUGUAGGUGUUGAAAUUUGGCUCAGGAUUGGCAUUUCAUCUCUAGCUGGAAGGACAGCUUACCACUUUCAAGGCUGGCCUGCAAAGAAGUGGAAAAUGAUGAAUGCCUUUAUAAAGGUCACAUUUGUGGGAGGCCUAUCUCUUUGGCUGGGUAAAUCAGGGUCAGCCUUUUGAAAUUAGAUGGGUUAUUCUUGUAGACUGGAAAAUCUGACCCUGGAUUUUUUUUAGGAAUUGUUAUCAAAGCAAGACAUGUGUUUCCCUUUUUUUGUAGAAGAGGUGAACAGUGUUGUACUGAGGGAUGUAUUGGAGUUAAUAGUGGAGUGAAUUUAUUUCAUUUAAUAUUUAACCUGCCUAACUAGAGCUCUGAAGGAUUUCCUAAAGCAUAACACCCUAGCCUGACUGGAGGACUUCAUCUAUCAUGGAGAAACCCAGCUUAGAUGUCAGAUUUUUUAAGUUUUUUACACAUGUAAGAAUCAUAGAACAAUAGGGAUGAAGGGAGCUCAGGAGAUAAUUUAGCCCAACCCCCUGAUCAAGGUAGGAUCAUCCCUAUCUAAAAUAUCCCAAACAAAUGUAUAGAAUCAUACCAUGGUUGAAAGCUAGGUAAGAUGAUCCAUUAGAUCAGCAGAGGACAACCAUUUUAGGCUUCAGGCCGGAGUAACCAGUUUGAGUUGGAGAGAAGGACAGGUGUUAGGACCCAGCCACUGCCACUGUUUUUUCUAUGAUGGCAUGAGGGAAGUGCCCACAGUCAGUGGUUCCCUCUGUGGAAGUAGGGGAAAGCUACUGCUACUGAAGCCCCUGCCACUGAAUACCACUGAAGCCUCUUGUCUGUGGGCUGAAUCAAAUGGCUCCAAGGGUUGUAAGUUGCCAACCCCUACAUUAGAUCAUGGAAAUGGGUAUCAGGUAAUUCUACAGAAGGUCCAUAGUGCACGAAUAGGGAGGGGGCAAAUUCAGUUAAUAAACAUAUACUUGAGCCUCCUUGGGAUUUUUCUGAACCAUGGUCAAAUUUCAACAAAAUGCUUUAUGUAUCCUUUAAAUGCUCAGUUUAAAAGAGCAGGAGAGGAGGUAAGUUUCAAGCAUGAUUAAGACCUUGAAAAUAUGAAACUACUCUGGGGAAGAAUAUCAUUGUCCAGUAUUAGCAAGAAAGUUGAGGACCCAGUUCAGCCCUUGGGAACAGACUCCAGGUGCUGAAUUAAGGCUGGAUUUGAGGCUGUGAAUUGCCCCCCAGGAUACUGUGCUUUCUGUAACCCAGCAUUGUAAACAGAUGUUUACAAGGGGCAUGGUGAUUCCAUUCUCAUUCACCAAGUAUGAAAUGAAAAAUACUUCUUUUGGGUUCUUGAGCAACAGACCAGCAUGUGGAUUCAAGAGAGGAUGGGUGGAGUCUUGCAGGAAUUUAUGAAUCCAUCCAACACUGGUUGGGACUACUGCCCCAUCUGAAGGAAAAGGGAAUGGGCAGAGGCAGUGGUGGAGGGGGAGCAAUCAGAAUCGUAUUGAAGACUCCACUACCUUUGUUCUUUGGUUGGGAAGGAUGUUUUGUUUACAUUGCCACAUGCAAGACCAUAGGGAUUUUGAUUUUUAUUUUUUAGGUUCUUUUCCCCUAUGUGGGUGGGCAAAGGGACCUUGCAUAUCCUCCUGUUAGAGGAUCAGCCAAAUUAGGAAGGCUAGAGAGAGCAGGAGCCUUUGGGAAAAAAAUCGUGUGAUAUUUAACUUUUCCUUCCAUCAUGCUUCUUUGUAAAUAUCCUAUUUGAAUGCUGUGUAUUUGUACAGGAAAUUGAGCAAAAAAUGUAUAGAUCGUGAUGUCUGACUGGUUCUCUGCCUUGUAAAUGUGUUUUUAACCUCUGGCAUUCUGUGCUUAUUUAAAAAAAGGCAAAAACGUCUAACCACUUCUCUUUUGUGUAUUCAUGUUUAAAAAAAAGGUCAAAAUACUUAACUAUAAUGGAAAUCAAAUUUAAAAGUAAAAAAAAAAAUUUGUACAAGUGUCCUAAAGGUAUUUCAUUGUAUAUAUUGUGAUAGCAUGUUUCUGGAACCAACAAAUAAGUGAUGUGAAUUUUAGAUGUAAAUAUUUGCUGUUUGUUUUGGGGUUUUUUCCUUUCCCUUCCCCAUUCACUCGACUGCUGUGAUGUGGAAUUAAAGAUUAAUACCUGAUAUUAAAA